AGUCACAUUGAUUGCAACGGAAUUGGAAUAAUUGGAUUUCAGCGAGGCGUCUCAGUCCAAUCCUGAUCAAAAUUACCAAACAAUUCGAUUUUACGAUUAACAUUUUCAGCGAUCCUCUUCGGAUCGCCGUUGACAACGAUGGACUGUUUCUAUCUGUGUGUAUUUUUAGGAAUUUUAGGCAAUGUUAUCUCAAGUCCUACAGAAAAUAAGACAGAGAUCACUACAGAAAAGGCUGUGGAAGUUAAACGUGUUAAUAAAACGGCAGUCAAUGUUACUGAGCCUGAAGAAAUCGCGGACGAAGGAUGGGAGUUCGAAAACAAAACGCAAGUAGACUACAGAAGGAUCCUUUACAGCAGAACUGUUGGAAAAGGAAAACGACCAUACAUGGUAUAUCUACAACUGACAAAAGAAUCAGCGAAAGCCCACAAAUACCGUGGUUGGCUGUGUGGAGGUGUGGUCGUGGACCAGUGGUACGUGCUCACGUCGGCUGCUUGCGUGGAAGACGCAGAUCACUUCUAUAUUGUGUCCGGAACCUCUAAAUUCGUCGACAGCUUCGACUAUAAGGAGGAUCACUGCGUCUGCAAGCAUAGGCGAAGGGUCGUCUGGAAAUGUAUUCCUAAAAAUUACAAAUUCGACUUCCAAGACAGUAUAAAAUGGUCUUCCAACGACAUAGCCAUAGUAAAGGUGGACAAGCCGUUCAAGUUAAAGGUUUGCGAGAAAGGUUGUGAGUUUGCUGUGGACCGCAUCUGCUACAACAACGUGAGCAGGGAGCUGGAGAAGCCAGGGACCAAGGGCUACAUUGCUGGCUGGGGCAGUGGUAACACCUUCAGAGAGGGCGUCUAUCGUCGGCAAAAGGAGGGAGAUACUACGAAUAGACCAGCGAAUGCCAAAAAUCUACAAGAGGCGAAAGUGUGCAUCAUGGAUAACGAGCAGUGCGCUAAGAAGUGGGCCCAGCGGUUCAGGAGCAUCAUCACUCAAUACAUGAUCUGCACCAAGGACGUCAUGAAGAGGCUCAGUGAAGUCUGCGAGAAGAAGUAUGCCAAUUGCACGGAUGUCGACGACGGCAGUAGCCGACGGGACCUGGAUCCAGAUGUGAAUGCCAACAGCAUUUCUCUGGAUCUGGGCAGACAUCUACGAGAUCCCGAUGACUACACUGCCAGGCGGUCUCUCAUGCAAGGAGGAUUUUGCGAGAACGACCACGGCGGCCCACUGAUAGUCAAGUACCAAGGCAGAGAGAGAGUAGUUGGCAUCAUCUCGGCUUGCAAGAUCGACCCUAAGACUCACAGCUGCCACGGGCCCUUCUUGUACACGUCUGUGUAUAGAAACCGGCAGUUCAUAGCUUGCUCCAUUCAUAAGGAGAUUGAUAGUGAGAAUUGCAGAAGAGUGUUCCGUACAGGCAUCACCCAUGAAGAAUACUCCGUGGACUGGGAAGGAGUAGAAGAAGAUGACGAGCCGCAAGCGCGAGCAAGCGAAGAAAAGAGCAUAUUGAGAGUAAAAACAGACAACACAACAGAAACACAUAAAGAAGAAAAAAAAGAAAAGGAACCAAACAAAACCGAGUUAGUUCCAGAGGUACCCAAGGAGAAAGAGAAAAAAGAUAAAGAAGAACCGAAAGUGAAGAAGGAAAAGAAAAAGGUUAAGAGACAGGGUAGCAGUGGGAAAGACAAAGCUGAGGUAUUCUACGAGUCCAGUCGAGAGGAAGAUGUCAAUGAACCUGAACGGGAUGAGUAGGUAGAUGAAUAGUAAGUCUCAUGAUGUAUGAAAAUAUAUGUUAUUGUCUAGAA